ACUCUGCCAUGAUCUAUAUGCUAAUAUGCCUUUCCGCGUUUUCGUUUCUUUUCAGUAUAGCUUCGUUUGGAUCACUUUCCGCCUCUUCUUCAUAUUCAAUACCCCGGACUCGGAUAUUGCAGGUUUGGUUUGACACCUCCCGAGGGCCUUCUAGGUGGUACGGAGGGUACUUAUGGGAUCUGGAAGAUGGUUUCGGUGUCUAAAAGGAGCAAAGGAGGAUAAAACGAAUCGAGGAAAGGUGCAUUCUGAAAGAUCGAAUGGCACCAAACCGCGCGAAUCUACUGCUCCUUUUACUGCGCUUAUUGGCUCUUCGAGUGCUCGUACGGGGAUGCCCAUAGAAGAAGUUGCUGCAGUUAUCAUUCAAAAGGCUAUCCGGGCAUUCAUGGCAAGGAAGAGAAUAUACCGUCUGAAGAGUGCAGACAGGUUCAAUUCACUGAUCCGAGGCCACACCAUCAAGAACCAAACCUCGGUUGCGCUCAGCGUGAUGCAUUCAUGGUGCGAUAUACAGAGCCAGAUCAGAGCCCGUCGUCUGUAUAUGGUAACAGAAGGAAGGCUCCAGCAGAAAAGGCUGGAAAAUCGGCUGAAACUUGAAGCCAAGCUUCAGGAACUUGAGGUGGAAUGGUGUGGAGGGUCCGAGACGAUGGACGAGAUUCUCGCUAGAAUACAACAGAGAGAAGAAGCUGCGGUUAAACGUGAAAGAGCAAUGGCCUAUGCCUUCUCUCAUCAGUGGAGGGCCAAUGCAACACAUUAUCUCGGGCAGGCAUCUUUCGGGCUUGGCAAAGAGAACUGGGGUUGGAGCUGGAAGGAGCGUUGGAUCUCGGCUCGCCCUUGGGAGGUCAGGGUUCAGUCACAAGACAUAAAACCGAAGAAGUGCCUAACCAAACCAACAAGCAAACCGGACAAAAUCACCACACCUAAACAGGUUUCGGCUAAUGGCAAGGAAGCUGCAGACCUCAAAAAGGGUGUUUCAUCUUCUUUCGGAUGAUUACAGCAACAAAAACAAGAUUGAUGUUUUAAGUCUAGUUUAUCUGUAUAUCAAGUAUUCUGGUUUUUUCGUCUUGUUAUGUUUAUUGAAAACUUCUGGUUUGAAGAAGUUGGGUUCUUGACAUAAUUUGGUAAUCGGAAAAGGCGAAUUUGAUUGGUUAA